ACUCACGUGCGCGCUCACCAGCCAGCCAACCAACCCACCUAAGAAGCAGAAGGGGCCUGUCAACGCCACCACCACCACCGCGGCCGCACUCACUCACUCUCACGGCGACAAACCACACCGACACACGCACAGCUCCCGUUCCGUUCCCGUCCCGUCAUCGCCGUCGUCGCUUGCUUUACGUCGCUCGUCGUCGUCGUCGUCGUAGUCGACCGCGAUUUUGAAAGAGAAAUAGAGAUAGAGAGAUAUAAAAAGGGAGAGAGAGCUGAACAGAAACACCGCUCUGUUUUGUUUUUUCUUCUUCUUCUUCUUCAUCUUCUCGACACCACAAUAACAAGAGCAAACUUUUGUUUUCUGUUGUUGUUUAAGUUCGCCGGAUAAAAUUACAAUAAUCACAUGUGCGAUGCAUCGUUAAGCACCGGCUUGAUCCUCUGGGCGAGAGAUUUCGUUUGUAUUCGCUUUGUCCUUUCGCUUCCAAUUACUUUUUCGGAAAGUUUGUGCACCGGUUCAACCCGCCUUACUCUAUAAUAAAGUUGCCUUCGUUUGGAGCCAGUCAUGGUUAGAAAAGAUUGUUAGAAAAGGAAUUCCACUGAAUGGGGACUAACAAAGUUUAGGGCUCUUACAUGUCAGAGCACGUUUGAGAAGUAAAAUAAUGGACGCAUGACGGCCGUUUCUCCAAAGUGAAAAACAAAAAAAGGAUCAAAACUCAUGAUAAAUUAGGUCUCAGUAGCAAAGUGCAACAACAACGCCGCGAUAACGCGAGAACAGCUAAAAGGAGAAGCGAGAAAUAGAGAGACAGAGAAAGAGAAGAGGAGAGCGGAAGGGAAGGCACCCAGGAAAAAGAUAAGGAACACACAGUAGAGGGCCAAAGACCUGUCUAUUAUAUCCAAACGCAAGGAGAAGAAGAAGAAGAGGUCGUAAAGGCAGACAGAAAAACACAGAGAAUGAUUCUCGGGACUUUCUUCCCAUUCCUCUCUAUAGUAGUGAUAUCUUCCCCGUCUUCCCUCGGCCUCCUGUUCCCACCCGAGGGGAAUGACUACCCCUUGUACGACUUCCCCUCCGUGCAGUACGUCCCGCACAACACCCUCGUCGAGUACCAGGACCCGCGCCAGAGCGCCGAGGAAGUGGACGAGGACAAGAUGGAGGUAGCAACGAGGUCGACCUAUUUCCCUAUAUCCUCCAAGGAUACCCUCUACCCUAUAGCCUCCUCCUCCUCCUCGACAUCUCCUCAGUCCUACCCUUACCCUCCUCCACCUCAUCCUCAUCCCUCUUCCCAAGACCCUUCCUCUCCCCACUCCUCCUCCUCCUCCCACGACUCGGAGACCCUCGCUUGCACGACGGACGAUAUAGCCAAAAUGCUCAACACAGAGGACCUGGAUAAAAUGAUAAAAGUCGUCGCCAAAAUAGAGGGCAAAAGCGUCAAGGAUCUCUUAAUAAAAUUGGCAACGAAGCAUGGACUCCUUCUCAAGAGCGGACAUCGAGGUUCUCCCUUGAGUCCUCCUUCAGACACCCUGCGAAACCUCCAGCUCCUGGACACUCCUCCUGCGCCCCAGAGAUCUUUGAUCCACCUUCGACGGCCACCCAAGGGCAUCCCCCCGACAGCGGGGGAUCAGACUUCGCCACUGGUGGAAGAAAGGGAGCUUUUUGAUCCUGUAGCUAUAGAGGUGCCAGCCGUGUCUCCGCGCGGCCUUGCCGCGCCCCUGAGAAUGCAAGCACUCGUAGUAGUCGAAGACGGAAGCAGAGAGGAAGUCGCUAGAAUGGCAGUGGAACUCGGACCACGCAUGGCUCUCCUGGACGUCCUGAAGGAAGCCAAGUUGGUCUUCGCCCUCGACAAUGGACCUUAUCGCCACAACCCCUUCGCUAUCAAAGCUCGUAAGCUGGAGAUCGAGAGGUGCCUGGCUCUCCAAUCCGUCGGGAGGAUUGUCGCUGAGCCCAAUUCAUCCUUCUUAAUCUCCGUCACUAGGACACGCCCAUUACCAGAGAUUCUUUGGGAAUCUCCCUGUCUGCCCAGGGUCUCCGAGCUGCUAAUCCACCCUGGUGACGUCAUCGUUCUCACACCACGCUAAUCACUUAGCUGCCAGACGCAAGAUUAUCAUAUCCAUAAAAGCAAAGGGUUUCAACCAAAACAACAGCGUUGCUAACGUGUUCAACAAAUUCUGAUCCGUAUCAUUUGAAGAUCACAUAGAUAUCAUUAGAGCGUACAUAUAUAUUUUUUUCCUCUCCACUGUACAAAACGUUACAAGACCUGGAACCACUAACGGCAAAAUGGAACGUUGGCAUCGUCAGUUGUUCGUGCAGUGCGAGGACGAGAAAUGUCACCGACUCACCGUCAUUUGGGUUUUUCUUUUGGAUUCAUUCUUACUAAAUGUUGUGUCCCCGAAAAUGAAGGUUCAUAAGGAUUGUGGUCGGGUAGUCAAUGUAUUCCCAGUAGUGUUCAUGUAAUAUAUGUUGCAGAGUAUGAUUAUCAGAGAUUCCUCCAUAAUGAUAAUAAAAUUGUUUAAUAAAUCAAAUUACCUCAAAAGACAAAUAAGACUGAAUUUCUU